GCUCGGCGCCGCUGCUGCUGCUGCUGCUUAUAUUCUACCAAAUCACGCGAUGGUGUAGCGAAAUUUGCAACAUCAGUGGAAGCGAAACGCCCUGAAUAAAUGGAGAAAUUUCCACAACAGCACCACACACACACACAGGCAGACACAUACAUACAGGCGUAACCCGUCUUCCUCCCAUACUCUCCCAGCCCAUUCGCACGACCGUGUUGAUGGGUUUUCGCUCAAGAAGCAAAGGUCCUUUUAUUGUUUCCUUUCACGUGCGCCACCCUUAUUGUUGCUUUCCCUUCGGGCGGGUCGGGGAUGAUCCGCUUUUCGCGUUUCCCUUCACCGAGAGGAUACUUUCACUCUCACGUAGUCCCUCUCAUUCCCCCCUCUCUGGCAAGCCAUUGAGCCCCCUUUCAACGGACGAUUUAUAUGCGCAUAAAAGCCGAGCGGGACAGACACAAACACACACACACACAAGCACACGCUCAGAGCGCACAGGUUUGGUCGGGUGAUAUCUGACGGCAUCAACGGUAUCCACUUUCAAAUUGAUUAGGUAAAUAGUGAGUGACGAUUAGAGGAGGCAAUGGGGAGAUGAGCUGAGACGCAUGUCCUUGGGAUGAUGAUGGUGAGUGAGAGAGCGUGAUGCUGUAAGUGUGAUGGAGACAGUUGCGCGGUAAAAAGGUAGCUACUGCAGAUAAACAUCUAAUAGGCUGCUCAUAGCAGGCCAUCUUGGAAGCAGUGAGCCCCUGGAAAGUUGACGCCGAGAUGGGCGAAAUGGUUUCAUCACGGGAUCCCACAGAGUAUGGCUCAAAAGUGUGGAGAGCUCCCUUUCUUCUUCUCUUUCAAUUGCCAGAUGAUUUUCUAGAACAGAGACAUUAAAGCAAAAGUUUGGAAAGCUCCGAAGUAGCUCAAACCAGCUGUACAUACAGAAACAAUACUUAAAAUCACUAUGCGAUAGCUUCACACUUCCAAAGCGACUUCGCUUAACAAAUACAGAUCUGUAACGGAUGGUUAAGUAAUAGCAUUACAACAAACAAUAAAGCCCUUUUUGGGGGUGAUAUUUACCCAACUGCAAGUUCAUAGACACGCAUAAGACCCUCAGAAAGCUUUAAAUAGUACGAGCGAUACUGCACCCGACCCGCAUAGUCGUAGUUUUUUUUUCCUGGUGAGCCACGAAAUGGAGUCGCUGAGAUACAUUUGUUGGGCGUUUUGUCUGGCACAGUUUGCCUUCGUGAGCGGUCAUCCCGAGUUUGGCACUCCCUUCAAGGUCCCGCAGACGUCCGCCGUCAUUCAGGGCGCUAUGGAUGUGUCCCGCCUUUCUGCGUCGAUUGACGAUACACUCAACGUAAUGAUGAGCGGAUUUAUACCCAACAGUGAAUCCAAACGAUUGCUGGUAGUCAACUUUGCUGACGAGUUUUCGCGAAAGCUGAAAGCCGUCGCGGAAGAGCUGCUAACCGCUGCAAGUAGUAAUUCCAACGUGAAUGACACGCUGAAUGCAGUGUUAGAUAAGUAUGCGGAGCUGGUCACGUUUUACAACAGCAAUGGCAAUGCAUUCGUUUCGGAUGUUUCCUCCAAGGUGGGUUUGUACGUGAGCAGUGAAAUUUGGACCGCUUUGGAGUUUAUAGAAAGCGCUCUUCCCGAUGUAAAAGUUACGACGAACAUGUUGCGAGAGGCUCUUCUUAGUGUCUCCGCUGUAGGUGACGUUCCAGCAGGUCUGCUGCGACCGCUCGUGAAUGCAUUGAGAAACACGAAGGCACAUCUACCACUGCUGGUGUAUGUGUUCCAGCGUGUUGGAGUGAACUUCCAAACGGCGGACACGUUCAUAGCUACCUUCAAGCAGGACGAACAGCCUCUGCCCGAUAAGUUCCAACGGGACACAGCCACGUUCAACGGACGGCUGUCAACGCUUGAAGCUGCUGUUGAGACAUCAUUUUCCACGGUGGAACAAUUGUUCAGCGCUACCGGCACACGACUGAGCAACGAGUUAAAGGGUGACGUAGAAGAUCAGAACAACUUCGUGAAGCUCAAAUCAGAUCUAUUAUCGUUUACGAGCACCCGUUCACUGUUUGUGAAGGAUCUGAAGCAAUCGAUUCAACUUGCAAGCUCAGGCAACAGACAAUCGAUCGUGAAUGGUGUAAGCCAGGUGUACUACUCGGAUAGCUCGCAAAAGGUGGGCUCCCCAGCAUUACAGCUCGCCCAGCAGCUCCUCGAAUCAAGCGCCAAUGCCGAGUUCUGCCAUAGCAAGUACGCUGCCCUUGUGACGGAUCUGCUUCCCUUGGGAAGGAUACGGUUGAACGAAUGUUUCGAUACGGAGCGACCGAGGUUGCAAAAGUUGGAAGAGCUAUUGGAAACGUACGCACUGAUGGUGUCGUAUGACGUAGAGGACAUGUGGAAUAACUUGAAACCCUGUACAGCGGAAUGUACCAAAAGUGACUGUCUCUCAAAGAUCACUUCAUUCUACAACAAGUUAAAGACAGCGCGUAAUACUGCAAAAUUGACCAGAGCUUCGAAUUUCUUCUUAUCAGCCCUGACUGCCAGUUUGAAUCGGGUUGGACUAUGCUUUACGCGCGUGAAUUUCUUGACGUUCCUCAACCUGGUACCUACCUACAUAGAGGACGCCAAGCAGUGCGUUGGUGAAAAUUGAAGAGCUCGAGAGGAUGCCUUAAUUGA